ACGCGUAAUGUUACUAAAAAUCGUUAAAGAUGUUCAUUCUUAUUGGGAAGGACCAUACACAAAAUGGAAAUUAAGUACGUGGGAGGAUUUUUAUGCUGACAAAUAUCCAAAUAAGACAAAAGAAGAAUCACACGAUUCUUUCCGGUGUGACUUAGAUGUUUUAAUAAGUAAGCUUAAACCGAAGACUGGUGGACAUGAUAAAGCCUUAGCGUUAAAAGGUGAUCUAUUAAACCUAAAGGGAAGAAGAGCGUCCAGGCAUGCAGUUUCUGCGACAAACGAAAAAAGGUCCAACAAAAAAGAAAAUUCUAUUAAUAAAAAUGACAGUCCAAAAAAAACUAAGCGUGAAAUUUCGACAGGCACUUCAUUGUCUAGUAUUGUUACGAAUCCAUUGCCAAACUUAAAGUACCUUCAACUAAGACUGGAAAAAUCCAAUUCAAGUAUAAAAUCCGUAGAAAGGAGAUUUCCCGACAAUAUUUCAUCGUGGGAUAAUUUUAAUUCUAAAGUACAAUCAUGGAAGCCGGAGUCCACAAAAAACCAACUUUCAGCUCUCGCACGAUUACAUGUAUUGAUCCCAAUAGAAUAUAAAACUUGUUGGGUCUUAAGAGUACCCUCCAAUAAAAAAAUAGUUGAUCUUUAUUUGCGCGAGAAAGAUAUUAAAGCAGGAAAUAUUAAGGGCUCCAAAAACGCUUCGGCUUAUGAUGCCAUAAAUCAAAUCUAUGGAUAUAUGUGUGCAAAUAAAUUACGCUAUGGAAUUUUGUCGACGUUUGACCAGACGUUUUUUCUAAAAAGAAGUGUAAAAGAAAAUAAUGGCUUUUUACAAAUAUCGGAUGCUGUUACUAAUGUAUCAACAGAGCCUACGUUGCUCAAAUCUAUCUCAUAUAUAAUUUUUCUUUCAUCAAAUAACCAGUAUUCCAAGUUUAUUGAUAAGCCAAUUAUGGUUACUAAAGAAUUAUCAUCUGGCACGUCCGAAGAAGAACGAAAGGACAUUAUAGCAUAUAAAUAUAAAGGGCGAAAAAUAUCUACAAAAGAACCAAAUGUUUUGACUCGAAAACGAAGCCAUAUGCUUCAAUCUUUGAACAAUAAUGUGAAGGUGGGCACGGAAGCACAGGACAAGUUAGAUGAGAUGUUAAAGAAAAAUACAGCAUCCAUAGUAUACCAAGAGAAUGCUGAACUAACUGAAAAAAUAGAACAGGCUGAGUUGUUGAUUAAUAACGGAGCUGUGUGCUUAAAUGAAUAUGACAAAUCGGUGUUGAAAAUAGCAAUAUCAAAGUUGUCAAAUGAUAAUCCUAAUAUUUGCAGAAGUGUAGCAAAAGACCUUUUUUAUUACCAGUGUGAAAGGUGUAAAAAAAAAAAUCCACAAGGUCUUUGUAGUAAGUGUCCUCCGAGAGUAAUUGCUCCUUAUUAUCCUGCUGUUGUCGAUCAGCAUUAUGAAGAAGUUGUAUUAAUUAAAAACGAAACUUCUUGGGAAGUAAAUGGGAGAAACCCCUAUUUAGAUGAUGUAAAGCCUUGUGAAGCAAAACCCUACACUCUCUAUGUUGGAGAUGAGGGCAAAGGACGAAUGUGUGAAAAGCAUUAUAAAGAAAUAUCAAAAUAUAAAGGAUUAUG